AUGCACAAAAGAGCAGCGCUUUUGGUGAUUUUCGUAUUUUUCCUGCCGCCAAUUCCCAAGGCGAAAGCGGCGAUUGAUGGAAUCGAUUCGGAAGUCGGUGAAGCUGAAGAAUUCUACAAUCGCACUUAUAGCGAGCAUCACAGCAAAUUGGAGAGGGAUUUAUUCCGCAAAUAUUCGACAAGAGUGCGACCGGUGAAGAAUUCGUCCCUUCCGACCAUUGUCGAUAUUCAUUGGCAUGUUGUUCAUGUUUCGAUUAAUCAAAAUGAUCAGACAAUGACAAUGCAUGGCCAUAUUUAUAUGAAAUGGACCGACGAGUUCCUUGUAUGGAAUCCGGCCGAUUACAACGGUAUUCGAACGGCACGAUGCAAGAAAUGGCAAGUGUGGCAGCCGAAAAUCAAAGUGGCGAACAGCGCGGCGGGCAUUUAUUCGAAUUUCGACUUCUCGACGAACGCCCACGUGCUCAUUCAUAUGCAGGAGAAGGAGAAAGCGAAAGUCGAAAUGUAUCCGACGUUCUCGAUAACCGUCGGCUGCUCGUUCGACUUCAAAAACUAUCCGGACGAUGAGAACGCGUGUUCGGUGAACAUUUUCGCGACGUCGCCAAUGACCGAAAUUCAACUUCAGAAUUAUUAUUCGAUUCCGCCGUCGUUGAGCUUUUCUUGGAAUGACAAGGUCACAAAACGAAAGAAAACGAUCAUUUCGGAUUUUGACAUCUUGAAUGUAACCAACGAUUUGCUCUACUAUUCCGGCGGAAACAUCUCCAGCAAUUCGCCGUCCACUAUUAAAGAGCUCGUCUCGACAUGGUCCCUAUUGAGCACGACGGUGAGGUUCCGAAGACAUUCACCGCUUUUUCUUGCCGCCGUCGGACUUCCUUCAGUGAUCACCUCCAUUAUUAAUGUUAUGGCCUUCCUUGUGCCGUCUUUAAUUUCGGCUUCGUACAUUCUGAUGGCUAAUAUGUUUAUUCAGGUCAUUUUUCUUCAAGACAUGAUCAAGAAAAUCCCACUUUCUGUGUCGGAACUACCAAAUUCAGUCAGAUUGUAUUCAUUUAUAAUGUUGUGCAACGUCUCCUCACUUCUCAUCAACUUCAUGUUUAUUUAUUUGACGACGAACGCGAAAUUUGAUCUACCCGAUUAUUUGAAGCCGGUGUUCAGUUUGCGAAAUGUGCUGCCGGCGUCGUGGCGCCAGCCGGACGAGGCGCGAAACAAUUGGACGGAAUGGUUUCGAGUUGUUCGGCCGACGAUUUGCAUCCUUCUGGGAGUCGUCUAUCUCAUCCAAAUAAUGGUCUUCAUAAUUUUCUAA